UGGUGUGAACAGUAGAAGGCGAAAACCGAGUUCCCCUGAUAACCAGUACAAAGUAAUACGCGUUGCAUGUUUCUGCAUUAGAUUAAUGUUUUCCCUUUUUUUCAUCAAAUAUACUCCAUAAUUUACAAUACCCUAAGGGAAGGUAGUUGAGUUAUUAACGUAUGCUCAACACGCUAACAAUUACAGUCCUACUUUAGCAGAUCAAUAACUCUCAUAUGGACACCCUGACGUUUAUCCAUCUAUAUUCAUACAAAUAACAUACUUGUCUCAAUGUAGACAAAAUACACCCCACACACCUGUAGAGUAUACAGUUGAAACUUGUGAUCGAAACAAUGAAAAUGGAGGAUGAGCACCCCGCAAGUUCCGUGUUGUUAAAUACAUUUGUGAUAAAGAAAAAACGAUGCAGGGUAUAUUUUCACCAUGGUACCCUAAUAUGGGAAACUGAAAGACCUCCUUACACUAGGUGGACUUUGCCUUUAACUGAUGCAUUAGCUGUUAACUAUGGAGACACUUACAUACCUGAUAGCUGGAUAAGAGAAAAAAAUCCCACUGUUGUGCUUUCCACAUCACCCACCAGUUUCAUUCUCCAUUAUGCAGCACGAGGACCAAACAAUCGAUGGAGUCAUCAUAAUGUAGUUAUGAGCCAUACGGAUUCAAGACAAGUUGCAUCAUGGGUCAAAACUAUUAGGAAUUAUCUUCUGAACAUCUCUUGCCGCCCCCGAAAGAUUCUUGUAUUCAUUAAUCCAUAUGGGGGAAAAAAGAGAGGAAAAAAAAUAUGGCAGAAAGAAGUGCAACCACUGAUGAGAAUAACGGGCAUCGAGACGAGGACUAUUAUUACUGAGAGAGCAGGUCACAUUACAGAUAUUUUGCUCAAUUCAAAUUUAGAUGGUUUUCAGGGAAUUAUUUGUAUUGGUGGCGAUGGCACUUUUGCUGAAGUAUUUAAUGGACUUGUUUUGAGAACAGCCAAGGAUCUCCAAAUUGAUUCAAACGACUCAAAUGUACUCUUACCUCAACCGAUAAUUCCAGUUGGUGUAAUACCUAGCGGUAGUACCGACACUCUUGCUUACAGCCUGCACGGAACCACUGAUGUUCAAACCUCUGUUAUACACAUUAUUUUCGGUGAUACUACUGGAUUAGAUCUGUCUUCUGUACAUGGAAAUCAUAAAUUACACAGAUUAUACGCCAGUGUAUUGAGUUACGGUUAUUUGGGUGACGUUAUUAAAGAGAGUGAAAAAUUCAGAUGGAUGGGGCCUCAGCGAUAUGAUUAUUCGGGUUUCAAAAAAAUUAUAGCUAAUAAAGGAUACGAGGGGGAAAUAGAGCUUCUUUCUGAUCCAUGCCAUCCAGCUGCUAGUACUCGAUGUAUGAAGAAUUGUAAUCGUUGCAUCAGCCAAAUGACCGAUGAGAGAGGAGAUAAACAAAUAUCAAGAAAGUUGAUAGUCAGGGGAAAAUUUUUCAUGGUGAAUGGCGCCAAUGUUUCAUGUGCCUGUUCAAAAUGUCCACAAGGUUUCAGUCCACACUGUCACAUAGGGGAUGGCUGUCUUGAUAUAAUUUUAGUUCGACAUACUUCCUUAAUUAAUAACAUCAGAAUGCUAUGGAGAUUAAGCAGUAAAAGAAAAAAUGUGUAUGAUCUACCCUUUGUUGAAGUUUAUCGAGCACGUGAGUUUACAUUUCAAGCCUUUCCUCAAUUGACCUCGAGUGGUACUAUCAGUACCAGUCAUACCGCAUCGACUGUUAGUGUCUGGAAUUGUGAUGGUGAAGUUCUGGAACAUGUUGAUGUAAAAAUUAGGGUACACUGUCAAUUGCUGAAAGUGUUUACAAGACGAAUGCAAGAAUCAGUAAAACAAUCUAAAUGUUUAUGCUUUCCAUAGACAACAAAAGGGUAGGAAUCAAGGUGUCAAAGUAUUUUCUGCUAUUAUUGCAUUUUCUUCAUGUAAUUGGGAGCAAAGCUUCUACAAUUGUACUUAGCAACUAGCUACUAGAAGGUAGAAUGAAAAAAAGACAAAGUGCUGUAUUACAAAUGAAAAGAGUUGAGUAUUUUUAAGAUUCAGUAUUGUAUCAGCUAUUAAUCUAAUAAAUUUGUGGGGGACCAUGGUUAAAAAAAAAACAACUGAAAUAAUCUGUCUACUUCCAACCCUUUGUAUGUAUUUAUUAAUUUGGCAUCGAUUAAAACAUAAUCGAUUAAUGAACAAUCAAUAAAACAGACUUCGUACUAUAUCAUAAAUCAAAUCAUGGUGCUUACUCAUAAUAGUGAAUUGAAGGAAAAAAAUGUUUUAUAUAGUAAGAGAUUUUAAUCAUCAAUAUUGUCCAGUAUAUAAUACACAGUAAUUGAGUCAGUGUGGACACGACGUAUAAUUGACGCGGCAAGGUGAUAAACAAUCCCCCGCAAUCAUUUCCUCCAUUUAACCAUUUUCUACAAAUUAACUAUUUUAUUCAGGCCCUCAAAAGGGAUUUUUGUUCUUUUUAAUUUUACAGAACACUUACGUUAAGGUGAGU